AUUUUAAUUCCGAUUAAAGCUUCUAUCUUUCACAAAAACAAAAACCACGAAAUUGAAAAUCCCAAUAACAAUUGCCUUCAAUGGACGUGAAGGCUCUGGCAAAAUCAAAGAGAGGUCACACACAGCAACACAGCAAAAAACACCAUAGCCAGAAGCUCAAAGCUCCAUCACCAUCAUCUUCUGGUUCAAAUGACGCUACGAAGAAGAAGCCAUUGCAAGUGAACGAGAAGAGAACACAUGGGUCUCGGUCUCAGGGUUCUUCCGCGCUUCCCACCAAUUGGGAUCGCUAUGAGGAGGAGGAAUUUGAUUCUGGGUCUGAAGGGGUCUCUCCUGAAAGUGCAAGCAAAAACCUUGAUGUUGUCUUGCCCAAAAGUAAAGGUGCUGAUUUUCGCCAUCUUGUUGCUGAGGCUCAAUUUCAUGCAGACACAACAACUUUAGAGGGCUUCCCUUCUUUGGAUGACCUUCUUCCUGGUAUUUGGGAGUUUGGUGUGGGAUUAAGUUCUAUGCUUGCAGUCAGGGGAGAGGGCAUUCUGUCAUGGGUUGGAGAUGAAAAUUUUGUGGUAGAGGAUAAGACAAGUGCAAAUCAAGAGGCAUCAUUUAUUUCCAUGAAUUUGCUUGCUCUGGCUGAAAAUCUUGCAAAAGUUGACUUAUCAAAGAGAUUAUUCAUUGAGUCUGACCUGUUGCCCACUGAGUUGUGUGUGGAAGACUUGGCAGUGGGCAGUACUGAAGAACCUGACGAACUGGAAACUAGAGAGGACAGUGAACUAUCCAAUAGGUUGUCUAAAGGGUUAAAUUUAGAUGAUUCUGCUGCAGAUCAGUUUACAUCAUCUAGUUCCAGUAGCAGCGGCCGUGCUGCUUCUGCAUUCACCUUGUCCAACAACUCCCUCAUUCCUGUGAACCAUAUCAAUGUUGAAUCUCAACAAGUCGGUAGUUCUGGUGAAAAUAAAGCAUUUAUUCCAAGUGCAGAAGAUAAUUUACAUUCUACUGAAAAUACAAGGACACAUUCAACAUUUGGAACAGCUGCUGCUGAAGAGGAACUGGAUAUGCUCUUAGAUUCACUUAGUGAGACCAAGAUUCUAGAUUCUCAGGGCUUUAAAUCCAAUACCUCUUUUCCUGUCUCCUUGGGAGUUUCUUCAGUUGAUCGUUCUCAUGUGUCGAAUAAAGAGACUGUUCCAUCCAAAACUGCAUCAGUUACUGCUAGUCUAGAUGAUGAACUUGAUGACUUGCUAGAGGAAACAUCCACUUUGAUGAAUCCAAAUGUUUUAUUACGGCCACAGGAAGAAAAGCCUGUUCGUCACAGCAUACAAUCUUCUUCACAUUCUGAAAGCAAGUCCAAAGUGUCAGAUGAUUUUGAUUCAUGGUUUGAUACACUUUGAUUAGUUUGAAGUUUUAUAAUUCUUGCUAAUGUGUAAUAUUAUGUGUUCAUUUGCUACUUUUGCAAAAAGUAGCCUUUGCCUUUUCCACCAGAAUCUGGUGAAUGAAAAAUGGUCUUCUUCCAUACCCUUU